AUGAGUUUCGGAAGCCCUGGUGGCGGUGCUACCAAUACUAAACCUACACCCCCCGAGCGAGGGAGCUUUCCUCUCGAUCACGAUGGCGAAUGCAAACACCUUAUUCAAUCCUAUCUCAAAUGCCUAAAACUGCAGCGCGGCGUAAACGACGACGAGUGCCGGCUGCUGGCGAAGGGAUACCUGACUUGUCGGAUGGAUAAGAAUCUUAUGGCGCCGGACGACUUUAAGAACCUUGGGCUUGUGUUUGAGAAGGAUAAAGAUGGGGGUGGUGGGACGGGGCAGGGACAGAGUUCGAGUUCAAGUUCAAGUUAG